GUGGUAAGAGGAAAAUUUGUUUUCUGCUUCUCAUUCUUGACAGCUUGUUUGCAACCAGGGCUGCUGAUGAAGGUUAAUGUAUCGAAGUAGAUUUACAACUCAACAUUUCGACGGCACAAACAUUUGACUGGGAUGGUAUCAUGGAGAGAGACAAUCAUCAAGAAGGAGAGGCACAGGGAGUAAAGAUUUGUGGUCCACCGUCUGCGAGCAAUCCACCAGGUGACACGUUGGCCACAUCUCUCUCCCUCUUGGGGAAUCACAUGUUUCCUGACGCAGUGAAGAGAAACAACAGUGCAAGUAUUAACAAAGAGGAAACUGCAGAUUCCCUCUCUUCAGAUGUCUCAGCAGAGGAGCAGAGUCUGGACGCAGAACCUAUUUCUAACCAGGUAACAAAGCUAGAGACUGAGGAGACACAAAACUCAGAGUGUCACAAUAACGUGUCCGCCCAGCAGUCUGUCGGGGGAAGCGAGGAGGCUGCCGCUGACAAUGACCAGAGCGACUCCGGGGAGUUUGUUGUUACAAUGCUGGCCAAGGCCAAGCUGGAGGAGCAGGGUAUUGGUGUUAAAGGAAGGUCAUCUCCCUUGUUGGAGGCAGGCACCCAGGAAUCCCCAGCCUUUAUGUCUCACCGUGAUGAGGACGUGACAUCUGAGAGUUGGCGGCAGCACAGGAAGCAUGUUUUUGUGCUAAGCGAAGCAGGCAAGCCGAUCUACUCCAGAUACGGUAGUGAAGAGGCUCUAUCAUCCACGAUGGGAGUCAUGAUGGCACUGGUUUCCUUUGUUCAAAGUGGAGAUAAUAUUAUCCGCUCAGUCUACUCAGAGGAGCACACCGUAGUAUUUCUACAGAAAGGGCCACUCGUGUUGGUGUGCGUCUCCAGCAGUCGUCAGUCUGAGCGGCAGCUGCGUGGAGAGCUCCUCUAUGUGUACUAUCAGAUCAUAAGCAUGCUCACCCAGGCUAGCAUAUCCCGCAUCUUUGAGCACAAGAAAAACUACGACCUGAGGAGACUCCUUGCCGGAUCAGAGAAGAUCCUGGAUGGUCUCCUCAACCUGGUGGAUUCUGACCCCAGUUUCCUGCUCGCAGCCGUUCACUGCCUGCCUUUAGCUUCAUCUCUCAGGGAUUCUCUCAGCCAGAUCCUGCAGAAAGCCAUCACGCCCAAUCUGGUUUUCUCUAUCCUCAUCGCCAACAACCAGCUGCUCACGAUCGUCCAGGAAAAGACGGUCAUUGAGGACAGCAGGCUGGAGCCCGCAGAUGUCCACCUCCUGCUCAACCUCAUCGGAGCCUCCUCCGCCUUUCAGGCCGGGGAGAUCUGGACUCCAAUCUGCCUCCCCCUCUUUAAUCCGGACUGUUAUUUUUAUGCAUAUAUUUCUUACCUGGACCCCCCAGAAUGCACUGUUUGUUUGCUGCUGCUCUCGACGGACAAGGAGGCUUUCUACUCAGUAGCUGAGUGUAAGAGGAAGAUAGAGGAGGCCAUGGCGACUCAGAACUCCCUGAGCCUCAUCGCCAAGGUCCAGUCUUACAGCGUGAGCCAGGUGGGCGUCUCAGACCUCAGACACUUCAUGUACAAGCCCUUCGAUGUGCCAGACAACUACCGCCAGCUCACGCAGUUCACCAGCCCAGAGAUGGAGGCACCGUACAGCAGUGACGAAGAGAAAAUGAGACUGCUGGACCUUUAUCGCUACAUGCACAGCCGCAUCCACAGCACCACACGGCCACUCAAGCUGAUUUACCACGUCGCUGAGAGGGAAACUCUGCUAGCCUGGGUCACGAGUAAAUUUGAGCUGUACACCUGCUUCAGCCCUCUGGUGACGAAGGCCUGUGCCAUUACAGCCAUCACUAAGCUUCUAAGGUGGAUCAAAAAGGAGGAGGACCGUCUCUUCAUCCGAUACCCCCCGAAGUAUUCAACCACCCCAAACCCCAGCAAGAGCUCUCGAGGGGCCAAAUCUGACCAGCAAGACUCCACAGAUAACGGCUUCUUAUCUCUUCUAUAGGACUCUCUUAGUGCUACUCUAGCUGCUCCGCCUCAGUCAACAAUAGUUUCUACACUGGUUCCGAGAUAUUUUUUCAACCCUCUUUGAACACUUGUUGGACUUGACAGACUUUGACUACUGGAAUCAAACACUACGUUUUACACUAUUUAAGAAGGAACGAGCUCUUUCCAACUAAAGCGAGCCAGGCCAAGAUAAAAAAGCAUCAGUGCGUUUUAAAUGUGACUGUGGUAGAAGAAAAUUGGCAGUGAUAUUUAAAUGUUUUUUAUAUUGUUUUAUUACUACGUCAAAAGAGACAGAUUCCUUGCGGACAGUGAAUGUAUCAAACAGAUGAGAGAUCCUUUAAAGGCUCGUGCUGCCCAUCUCUUCUUUCUGGUCUAAGUUAAGGUGAAAGGUAAGGCAGACUGUAAUUGGAGUUUUUUUGUUUCUUUUUGGGACGUGCCGCAAAAAGUCCAUAAUGUUACACAACAGGAUAUGCAAGAAAUGAAAGUAUGCUGCGUUAAGGGUUAAUCUAAACCGGAGAAACAACAACUGGAACUGGCAGGACUGGGAUUGGCUAGAGCCAUGAACAAUCAUCGCCCUGUAUGAAUUAAGUGGCACUUCCCUGUUACAGAACCUGAAAACAUUGUGUUACUUCAUAUCCGACUGCUGUUUCAAACUCAUUUUAAAAUGGUCAGGUUUCAUUUAUGUUACACACAACAAGUAGAAAAUCCCAGUCAGUCACGCCUGGUCCUUUGUCCAUCAGCAGCAUCGUCAUUGUUAGCGUCUCAUCGCUAGGAGUCAAACCAAUGCUAGUUUGGUGACAUCAUCUGUCUAAAGUUUAGAAAAUGAAACUGUGGUCACUCAAGUGUUUUUCUAGCGCUCAUUGUUGUGACUUUGGGCGACUUAUUUUUUUUUGUGAUAUUAGUUUCUUAAAAGAUGGCCUCUAAGCGGUAGCCUCCUCCUUGUGUCCUUGGAGGAAUUUCCUGUCAAUUCAAGUCUUAAGAGUAUGUUUAUAGUAUUAUGAAAUAAAUCCCAAGUUGCACAAAUCUUCACCUCUGUUACU